AUUAAAUAAUCGAGAAUAUAGACCCAUGGAUUAAGACAAGGAUCUUCUCACUCAACCAUUGAAUUUUAACACCACCUAUUCCAAACAAAAAGAGCCAGAUAUCUUUACCUAUGUAAUAGAUGGAAAGUUGACAUUAUUGGAGAAUUGGAUCCAUCAAUUCAAAAACACUGAGGACAUCAUAAAUGCAAAAGAUCCUGAAGGCAAAACACCAUUAUUUUAUGCAUGUUACUACAAUUUCAAAAAUAUUGUGAUGUAUUUGCUUAUGAAAGGUGCUGAUCCAUUUCUAACAUCUAAAUCUGGAUUCAAUGUGUAUCAUGUCUGUGCAUAAAGAGGAAAUCUUGAAUGCCUCUAAAUACUCUGUAAUAUGUUCAGACACAAAUUAAAUAUGAUGAAAUGGGAGGAAUUAAAAUUAGCCAUGCAAAGAUAUCAAUUCAAAAAGACAGAUGCAUAAAAAGGACAAUUAAUUAAUGCAGAUAAACAUUUAAAGUAAGUUCAAUCAAGAUUCUAGAAAUUUUAAGAAAUCGUUAGUGAUUAAUAUUAAUAAUUUUUGGAUCAAAAUCUUCUCUAUUUUAAUAGAGUCAAUGCUACAAUUGAUCAAUUUCAAAGAAAUCCAAUACAUUAUGGCAGUUUAUCUAAAUAUACUAAAUGUUUUUAAUGUAUUAAGUAAUUGAUAUAAUUUGAUUUCAAAUCUGAAGGAUGGGAUUUAUUUUAUGAUAUUUUUAUGGAGGUGUAAUUAUUAAUAUAAAUUGCUGAUAAAAAGAUUGAUCCCAGGUAAUACAGAAAUUAUCGUGAACUUGCUUGCAACUUCCUAAAUUCAUAAUUGCUUGAACACAAACAAACUAAUUUCUUGAACAAUAUUAAGAAACUCUAAAGGGAUGUUGUUAAUUAAUAGGAUAUAGAUGGAUAUACCCCUAUGCAUUUGGCCUCCUUUGCAGGGGACUUUGCAGCAAUCCAAUUUAUGCUAUUAUUGGGAGCAGAUCCAAAAAUAAAAUGCAAAAGAAAAAUAAGAACUCCUUUGGAAUACGCAUCAAAUGAUUCUGUAAGAAAGUAUCUGAUGGACCUAAAUAAUGCUGUUGAAGAAGGAGAUGACAAGAGUUUUACCUUAUUAGUGAAUUGUGGUUAGAGAGUAAAUGGAAAAUCAACUAUCUAUGGGAUAACUCCUGUCCAUAAGGCUAUCGAACAGACUCAUAAAUCAUCCAACAAAACUAUGCUAAGCAAAGUCUUAGAAAUGGAUGCCGAUGUGAAUGUAAUCGACACAAAUGGAUGGACUCCACUGCAUCAUGCUGCAUAUUAUGGGGAAUUGUGGGCAAUAACUACUUUGAUAGAAAGAGGAGCAUAUCAAUAAAUCUCAUCUAAUAAAGGGUACUUUCCAAUCCAUGUUGCAGCUCUGAACAAUUAAGCAAAGGCUGUUCAGUUGCUAAUAGAGAAAGGAGUGAAUAAUUAAGAAAGUUACAUUGACUUUUAGGAUAAUCAGAAUUGCACUCCUAUGCAUUUAGCAGCUAAAAAGGGUCAUGAUUAGGUUGUGUAAGUUUUAUUUGAAUCAGGUGCUGAUAUAUAUGCAGUAGAUAAGAGAAAUUGGACUCCAUUGCACUAUGCCUCAUUUUAUUAAAAUAGAAAUGUUGUUCAUUUAUUAAGUAGGUAUGACGCUGAUGAAGAUCGUUAUUGCGCAAUCAGGACAAGCAAGGGUUAAACAGCUGAUUAGAUGACAACGGAUUCUGAAGUCAAGUUUGCAUUUAAAACAUUAUGGAGUGCAGCUAGAGAUGGUGACUUAGACACAGUUAGAAAGUUAGUGACAUUGAAUCAUCCGAUUAAUGAGCAGAGUUAUGGAAAUAAAUUCACACCUUUGAUAUUGGCUACUAGAGAAAAUCAUUAUCUUAUCGUCAAAUAUCUAUUAUCAGAGAAUGCAGAGAAGACACUCAAGGACAAAUAUGGAAAUAGUGCUUUGGAUUACGUAGAAAAGUAGGCAAAUUCGAAGAUUAAGGAAUUGUUAUAAGCAGAAUGA